GGCUACACGUGAAUACAUGAUUAUUGCUUAUAAUUAUUAUGAUAGUUACAAGAUUGUAAAUCUUUUCCUUUUUUUUUUUUUUUUAUGUUUUUCCCUGUUUACCUUUUUAAUUAUUGAUCACUAGUUUAAUUUGUUACUGACAAACGUUUUUAAUAAAACCUGUAGUUAAAUUUUCUUUUUAUGUAAGUAUUUUAUAGAAACAAAGGUUUUUAUGGCCUUAGUUAAACCUUUUCAAAUAUUACAAAUAAUAUUAUUUAAUAUAUAGAGUAUCAACUAAAUACCUUAAAUAUACAAUUUUCUAAUACCUACCAACCCAUCAAUUUUUACAUUCAAAAUACCUAAUUUAAAUUUUCAUUUAAAAUUUACAUAAUAUAUAGUUAAAAAUAUUAGUUUUUUGUACCUACCAAACUUUUUAUUGGAGAAAAAUUAAAUUUUAUCUUUAGCCAGAUAUAUAAACAAUUGAAUAGUUUGUCAAAAACGUUUAUUUGUGAUUUAGAAUAAAUAUUAUAAAUUGAACUGUUUAUAAAAAAAAAAAAACUUUCUGAAUUUAGUGUAAAUCUUUGGUUAUAAAAUCAGUAUUAAUUAAAUGUCUACUAUUUUACAAUAUUAAAACAAUUUGAUUUGAUCCAUUUAAUUAUUAUUAUUUUUUUUUGUGUUUACUGAUAUUAGAUAUAGUUUACAAUGGAUUUAAGUGAUGAUGACUUUUAUGAUUCUGACCAAAGUGAUGUAGGUGCCCAAAGUUUACAUGCUAUGCUCAAAAAAACUCUUUAUGACAAAGAUGAUUUCGAUGAAUAUGAGGAACAAAAUGUUGAUGAAGAAGAAGCUUUGGGUAAUAUACAAGAGGAAGUACUUGGUAACAUCACUGAUAAUAUUCAAGAAGAAGUUGUCCUAGGCCCUAUUAAUAGUCAAAAGGAAGAAAAAGAAGAACAUUUAAUAGAUCCAAAUGUAUCAAUUGUAAAAAAAUUAGAUGAAGCUGAAGAGGUAGUUUUAGCUCCAGAUUUAUUAGGAGAGUUGGAAACCAAACAUUUUUUUGAUGCACUUGAUAAUGAUGACUUUGAACCUUUAAAAAAAAAACCAAAAGUAGACCAUAAUGAUGAAAAUCCACAAAAUACUAUUAUUAUGCAUGUACCUCAAUUCAUUCGGUGUAAUAAAGGUGGUCAAUCUAUUCAAGUUCAGUGAGUAAUUACAAUAUGUCUUCUAAAGGUCAAUCAAAUUUAAUUAUGAUGUUAAUUAAAUUUUAUCUCAUAGAAACAUUGUAUGCGGUGCAAAUAUGGGAUGUACAUUGGACCUCGUCAGAAUUGUUUUAUGGACUAGUAACUCUGAAUAUAAUCCACGGCGAUUCAAUGGAUUGAUAAUGCGUCUACGGCAACCUAAUGUUACAAGCCUUUUAUUUCCAUCUGGAAAAAUGAUAAUGCAAGGCGCUAAAGAUGACCGAACAGGAAAUUUAGGUUGUCGAAAAGUUGCAAAAAUUUUAGAAAGACUUGGGCACGACGUUAGUGUAGUUUAAUUUAUAAAUUAAUUCAGCAAUUAAUUUUUAAACAUUUCUGUAGGUAAAAUUCAGUGGCUAUACUGUACAUAAUAUUGUAUGCACAUGGGAUGUUGGUUUUCCUAUAAUGUUAGAAGAAUUGAAUACUGCCCAUUCACAAUUUACCAGGUAUAAAUAUUUAAUUAGUUUUUGGUUUACAAUUCCUUCUAAAAAUGUAUUUAUACUUUACAUUUAAUUGAUAUUAAAUAUGAUUAAUAAAUAAAAACUUUUAAGUAUUAAUUUUGGUAUUAUUGUUCUGUAAUACUAACAGUCAGUUUGGUUUUAACCAUCAAUCUAUUUAGUAUGUUUCUCGUUCUAAUCUUAAAAUGUUUACAAAAUACAUGUGUGUUAUUUACACAUAAUUAACAUGAUUUAGAAAUAAGAAUAAUACAUAUAAUACAUAAUUUAACUUUAAUUACAUUGAAAUAACAAUUUAUUUAAUGUAGAAUGUUUAUUUAUAUAGUUUUGAGCCAGAAGUAUUUCCUGCCUUAAUUUAUCGGAUGGUCAGACCACGAGCCGUGUUUUUGAUGUUUGUAAAUGGAAAAAUAGUAUUAACAGGUACUGUUUUUUUAUAAAAUACUUUUUAAAAUAAUAUUUUAUUUUUAUGAUAUAAACAUAAUGUACAUAUGGUACAGGCAAAGCAAAAAGUUCAGACAUUCCCUGUGGACUGGAGCCCGGUUAUUAUAAAACUGAUUUUAUACUUAAAAUUGUUCUUUUUUAUUUUUAAAAAUAUUAUUUAAAAUAUGUUUUAUUACCUAUGAUGUAUUGUGCAUAUGUCUUCAAUAAUGGGAAGAAAAACAAUUACUAUUUAAGAUAAUUUGAUUUGCCUGACAAACUAUCAUAAGGAGGUUAAAUGUGUUGUGUCCACUGAUAUAUACAACAAAUAUUUGGGCCAGUUGGCAAUUUUGUUUGGCCCAAUUGCUAAAAUUAAACAAAAUAAUACAUAUAUUAGCCCAUUCUAGAUGUUACACAAUUUAAAAAUCAUUAACUAUUAAUAACCGUUUAAAAUUGUCUAUUUUGUUUAGUUUUAUUUGGAUGAUUGUAAUUUAUUUUGUUGCUAGAAAUGAAUACAUUCUUCAAUUUAAGUAGAUAUAUGAUAUAAUAUGAUAUUAAUAUAAUUUCUGCUGUUUUUGCUUGAUUUUACAACUGCUCAGUUUCAUUUUCGUUAACUAUAAUUCAUUGUUACUCAUAAAUAUAAAUUAAAUUUCCCCCAUACAUAUCCUACCUAUUCAACUUUUCACCUACAACAAUUAUCUUACCAUGAGCAUUGAUCAGUAUAUUUUUUAGAUUCUGAGUGAAGUGAGGAAUUUAGUGGUUUUACAAUGAUAAUUAUUUUUUUUUUAUGUGAACACUUUUUCUACUUGAAAGCAUACUCUGAUUAUUGAAUAUAGCACCGUUUCUGAAAAGAAAUGUUCUCUGGGUGGUAUUUUAGAGUCAUUUUUUGAAAUUCUCUUUCAUAUUCAAGAUAAUGAUGAAAUCCUGGUUCUUUAGGUUAAAAAGAUUGAAAGAUUAAAAAUAGGGUUGUCAUCGGCAACCGUUUUUAUUUAUUUUUUAUUAUUAUUAUGUUUUAUUAUUUUAAAUCUUUUUCAACAAUCAUUGUUGUCAUGGAAACUCACAUUGUUGUAAUAAUUUUACCAUAAUAUGACAUAAUAUAAUAUAUUGUUGACAAAGCAACACUAUCAACUGAACUCCGCUCAGAAUCGUUUUUUUCCCGUUAGCAAUGGUUUAUUGUUGAUUACAGAUAUACAUUAAAUUCCUGUCAGUUUUUUUUUUUUAAUUUUUUUAAAUGCCUCCCUAAAAAUAUAAAUUUUUCUCAAACCAUCCAUGAAUAAUAAAAAUUAAAUAUUUUAAAUAUAAUGCAAUAUGUAAUAUUUUAUUAUUUUUAACAAUAUCUUAGUUUUCCGAGUAUUAAUGUAGGUAUCAAAAGCAAUGAUGUAACUACUACACAUAAUUAUUUUUUCACGUUGAGUUUGUACUGAUAUUUAGAGUUAAUGCACCUUAUGCUAAAAUUCAAAUAUUAAUUUAAUAUUUUACUGUAUAGUUAAUUAAAAAAUGUAUUUAUUGCAGGUCUUAAGACAAAAGCAGAUAUUAAGGAGUCUGUGUUUUUGAUGCAGGAAGUGUUAAACCAUUUCAGAAAAACAUGAAAACAAAAUAAAUCUCUGUUUGGUUUGUUAAUUUAUUUGUUUUUAGAUAUUCUUCUUUUCUUUCCAAUCAAUUUUUUUUUUUCUUUUGUUGACACCUACCCUGAAAAAUAUCCACUUAGGUUUAGUUAACGCCCAUUAUUAUUUAGAUAGAAGAAUAAUAUAACAAAAAAAAGAGAAAUGAUGGCAGGCAUCAAAAUAUUGAUGCCUGGCAUUUUGAUGUUUAUUUGAUAUAAACCAAUGUUUUUUAUUUUAAAUUGAAUUAAGUUAUUUAAUAUUGCAAUGUUAAUUUUAUUUAGAAUAUUCUUAAUAUUAAGAAACUACCUAUAGUAGUGUUAUAUAUUUAUAUUUUUAAUAAAAACCUUUUUUAAUAGAACUUAUAAUUUUCAUUUAAUACUUAAACACAGUAUUACUAUUUUAUUCUUUUUUUAAAAAUGAUUUCUUUAAAGUUAUGUCUUAGUGUUUAAUUAAUAGUUGACAAUUAACUAAGUAUAGAGUUACUUUUUAAACAUUGUUAUUGUCAAAUAACUAUUAUAGAUGACUUAAAAAAUAUGAUAUUACACAUUAUUGAACUACUUAAAACUAAAUUAAUACUACAUAUUUUUUGAUUUUAGAUUUUAAGUGGAGUGCAAAUAUAUUAUUUUUUCUAAAAAGGAAAUGUUUUUGAUUUCUUAUGUAAUUUUCUUAAUAAUUGGGGAAAAUACUGAAAAGCAUUACUGAUUUCAUUAUUUUUGAUUUAGUUUUUUUUUUAAAUCUAUUUAAAAAUGAAAAAAAUGUUUGCAAAUCCUGAUUUGUAACAAUCAAAAAUUAUAAUUCUGUAUAAUCCAGUAUAAUUCUAAAUAAUAGGUAUAAUACUUAUGCUUGCAUUUCUUGUAUGUUUUUAUUAUAAUUGUAUGUUCCAAAAGUUACAGGUACAAUAUACAUACAUUAUUAUGUAUUUCAUUUUAAUUAUAUGUAUACUAAUUUAAUAAUGAUUUUAAUUUCAGGUUAAUAUGAAAAUGAAAUUAGUAGAUUUUCUCUGCUUCUUUAUUUUAAAUUUACGUAUAAAUAUAGAAUCAUUAAAAAAAAAAAAAAAAAUGUCAUGGAAUCGGUUAAUAGAAUCAAAAUGUCCCGAACCAGUGUGAUCACAUUAAAUUCACUAUAUUUUUAAAAAUUGUGUUCAUCAUUUCUGACUUUGGUUAUAAGUUUACCUGGAACCCAGUGUUAAACGCUCACCCGCAAGUCGCAAGUUUCCUGAACUACAUAAAGUUCCAUCAAUAAAUGAUUAUGAACAAGUUGGAGGGAAAGUGGUUGCAAUUAACCAUUAAGGAGCAAACAAAAGGGAUGAUAUCUGUGAUCUAUUCCAUAUGCAUUUAGUAUAAAUUCAAAUACCUACCACUUGAACAAUUUGUAUUUAUUUAAAUUAACUAUUAUACAGGUUUUAACUGUACAUGUCUUUUUAUUAUUAUUAAAUAAAAUAAAUAUUGUUCAAAAUAUGGAGUACCU